GACAGCCACUCCUCCUGCCGCUAAAGCCUGUGAACAGCCUCCCGUAGGUGAGUUCAGGUUCACUGUGCUCGAGAGCACAGUCAACGAAGAGUUUGAAAGAAGAGAAGAGGAGUGAAAGUCAUGGACAAAAGAGGAGAAUUUAAAAGAAGUUAGCGCCUGCAGUGAAGCAACCACUGGAAAACAACCCGAGAAAGAAGAAGCGUCCGGCGAGGAAAGAGGAACAGGAUGGGGAUGGAUUUCAGCACUCUUCGGACCCUCAUCAGCAGAUACUGUGUUGGUGAGGAGAACUGGGUGGACAGCAGGACGAUUUACAUUGGACACAAGGAGCCUCCUCUAGGAACCGAGGCCUUCAUACAACAAAGAUUCCCCGACAACAGAAUAGUCUCCUCCAAGUACACAUUUUGGAACUUCAUCCCAAAGAAUAUGUUUGAGCAGUUCAGGAGAGUCGCCAACUUCUACUUUCUCAUCAUAUUUUUGGUUCAGUUGAUCAUCGACACCCCCACCAGUCCGAUCACCAGCGGACUGCCGCUCUUCUUUGUCAUCACAGUCACUGCCAUUAAACAGGGUUAUGAGGACUGGCUGAGGCACAAAGCAGACAACUCUGUCAACCAGUGUCCUGUCCACGUGGUGCAGCAUGGGAAAGUUGUCCGCAAACAAAGUCGCAAGCUUAGGGUUGGAGAUGUCGUCUUGGUGAAAGAAGAUGAGACUUUCCCGUGUGACCUCAUCCUUCUGUCCACAUCUCGAGAUGAUGGGACCUGCUAUGUCACUACAGCCAGUCUGGAUGGAGAGAGCAGCCACAAGACAUACUAUGCAGUUCAGGACACCAAAGCCUACAACACAGAGAAGGAGGUUGACUCCAUCCACGCUACUAUAGAAUGUGAACAACCACAGCCAGACCUGUACAAAUUUGUGGGCCGUGUCAACAUCUACAUGGACAGUGAGCCAGUGGCUAGGCCCUUAGGAUCAGAGAACCUGCUGCUCCGAGGAGCCACACUCAAGAACACAGAGUACAUCUAUGCGGUUGCCAUCUACACUGGCAUGGAAACCAAGAUGGCUCUCAACUACCAGACUAAGUCUCAGAAACGGUCUGCAGUAGAAAAGUCAAUGAAUGCCUACCUGGUGGUUUACCUUUGCAUCCUCAUCAGCAAGGCUUUCGUUAACACGGUGCUGAAAUACAUGUGGCAGGCCGACCCGAACAGAGACGAGCCCUGGUACAACGAGAGGACAGAAACAGAGAGACAGAGACACAUCGUCAUCAGGGCAUUCACAGACUUCUUGGCCUUCAUGGUUCUGUUCAACUACAUCAUUCCUGUCUCCAUGUACGUCACCGUGGAGAUGCAGAAGUUCCUGGGUUCCUAUUUCAUCAUGUGGGAUGAUGAGAUGUUCGACGAGGAGCUGGGGGAGAGAGCCGUGGUCAACACGUCAGACCUGAAUGAGGAGCUGGGACAGGUGGAGUAUGUGUUUACAGACAAGACGGGGACUCUGACAGAGAACAACAUGGAGUUCAUAGAGUGCUGCGUGGACGGACAUGUUUACGUACCUCAUGCGAUCUGCAACGGACAGGUGAUGCCUGGUGCAGCCGGUAUGGAUAUGAUCGACACAUCGCCAGGUCCCGAGGCCAAGGAGCACGAGGAGCUGUUUUUCCGGGCGCUGUGUCUGUGCCACACGGUGCAGGUGAAGGAGGAGGAGACGGUGGACGGGAUCAAGCAUGGCAUCCACCAGGGCAAGUCCACGUCCUUCUACAUCUCCUCAUCUCCAGACGAGGUGGCACUGGUGGAGGGCAUGAAGAGGCUCGGUUUCACCUAUCUGAGACUCAAAGAUAGUCACAUGGAGAUCUUGAAUAGGGAGGACGAGAUUGAGAGGUUUGAGCUGCUGGAGGUUUUGACAUUUGACUCGGUCAGGCGGAGGAUGAGCGUCAUUGUCAGGUCCAGCACUGGGGAGUACUAUCUGUUCUGUAAAGGUGCAGACUCCUCCAUCUUCCCCAGGGUUAUAUCAGGCAAGGUGGAUCAAGUCAAAGCUCGGGUGGAGCACAACGCAGUGGAGGGUCUGAGGACACUUUGUGUUGCCUAUCGGCCUCUAAGUCCUGAACAGUACCAGGAGGUUUGCCACCUGCUGAGCGGGGCCAAGCUGGCACUACAGGACCGAGACAAACGUCUGGCCGAGGCCUACGACCUCAUCGAGAAAGACCUGAUACUACUGGGAGCCACUGCUGUGGAGGACAGGCUCCAGGAGAAAGCAGCAGACACCAUCGAGUCCCUCCACAAGGCAGGUAUGAAGGUGUGGGUGCUGACCGGUGAUAAGAUGGAGACGGCGGCCGCAACCUGCUAUGCCAGCAAGCUGUUUCGCCGCAAUACCCAGAUCCUGGAGUUGACCACGAAACGCACUGAGGAGCAGAGCCUUCACGAUGUCCUGUUUGACCUGAGCAGGACGGUCCUGAGGCAACACGGAGGCAUGACCAGGGACACCUUCUCUGGUUUAUCAGGUGACUGUACCGACUAUGGUCUGAUCAUCGAUGGAGCCACCCUGUCUGCGGUGAUGAGGCCCGCUCAGGAGGACUCGAACUCAGGGAACUACAAAGAGAUCUUCCUAGAAAUCUGCCGCAACUGCAGCGCCGUGCUCUGCUGUCGAAUGGCACCGCUCCAGAAAGCACAGAUUGUGAAGCUGAUCAAAGCCUCCAAGGAGCACCCGAUCACGCUGGCCAUUGGAGAUGGGGCUAAUGAUGUUAGCAUGAUCCUAGAGGCCCAUGUUGGCAUCGGUAUCAUGGGUAAGGAGGGUCGCCAGGCAGUGAGGAACAGUGACUACGCCAUCCCCAAGUUCAAACACCUCAAGAAGAUGCUGCUUGUACAUGGACACUAUUACUACAUACGCAUCUCUGAACUCGUGCAAUACUUCUUCUACAAGAAUGUCUGUUUCAUCUUCCCCCAGUUCCUCUACCAGUUCUUCUGUGGCUUCUCACAACAGCCGCUGUAUGAUACAGCCUACUUGACUCUGUACAACAUCAGCUUCACCUCGCUGCCCAUCCUGCUCUACAGUCUCAUAGAGCAGCACAUCAACAUGGACAUCCUGAAGAAGGACCCGUCUCUCUAUAGAGAUAUUGCGAAGAACUCUUUGCUGCGGUGGCCCAUCUUCAUAUACUGGACUAUCCUGGGUGUGUAUGAUGCCAUCGUGAUGUUCUUUGGUGCUUACUUCCUGUUUGACAACACCACCUUCACCAGCAACGGCCAGAUGUUUGGAAACUGGACAUUUGGAACGCUGGUCUUCACUGUGCUAGUCUUCACUGUUACAUUCAAGUUGGCUCUAGAUACUCAUUACUGGACUUGGAUCAACCACUUCGUUAUCUGGGGCUCACUGAUCUUCUUUGUGGUCUUCUCUCUGCUGUGGGGCGGAAUCAUCUGGCCCUUCCUCAACUACCAGAGGAUGUACUAUGUGUUUAUGCAGAUGUUGUCCAGCGGUCCAGCCUGGCUCAGCAUAAUCCUUCUGAUAACGGCCAGUCUGCUGCCAGAUGUGGUGAAGAAGGUCAUCUGGAGGGCGCUGUGGCCCACCACAACUGAGCGCAUACAGAAUGCUGAUAAACUGUACAAGGGCCAGCUGUCUGAGUUCACCCCCCUGGCCUCUCUCCACGCCCCGUCCAAGACUGGCAGCCACCGGCGAGGUUCGGGAAACCAAAGGAAUGCUCCGAACCCUCGAAGGUCUGAACCCUUUAGCAAGAAAAUCAUGUUCACACGCUGGCAAAGAACACCAGACUACUGCACCUUCACCCCCCUCCUCCAGUUUGCAGAUGGUGCCCGGCGCUCGAAGCAGGGACACGCCUACAGCGGGGCAGGGCCAGAGACCUCAGUCUAAUUUAUUUCUGUCUGGUGUUCUAAUCUUAUGUUGUAAUAUCAGAUACAGUGGCAUCAAUUUGAAGUUGAACUGAAUGGAGUGAAAUUCUAAUAAAUAGUUCCAGAAGCUGACCGGCUCACUGCUACCAGAGCUGCAAAGAAAAGUUACCCAAAAGUAACUGAACCUCAUGUAUUUAUGUCACUGAGCUGGGACUGUGUCGCGAAUAGCAGAUACCUGUAAUCCAUCUGUAAGGGAUUACAAUGAAAGUGACCUUCACCACUGUUCCCGAGUCAGCAGCCACGUUUGGCACCAAGCACUAUGGGACGGCUCUGGAAAGGACUCCAUCCACCGGGCCUCGCUCACCGUCGCAUCGUGCGAAAGGGCUCAGUGUUUUGAUGUCACAGCAAACGAACAAACAGACUCAAGAGCUUUGAUUUCUUAUAUAUAUAUUGCGUCGCACUGAAAGUCUGUGCACUCGCCCUUUACGUCUCCCUGCCGGUAGCUGAAAUGUACUUCACUCCAAUUAUUUAGGAUUUAUAUGACAUUUUAAUAAUCGUUAUGGCGAUAAUCAUGAUGUGUUUGGCAUUGUGCUGCUGCUGCUGACGAUGAUGAUGAAGACAGUAGCAGUGCUUCAGCCAGCUCGAGCUUUCCCUGAUCAAACAUGUUCUUCUCUUCAUUCCCACCAUCCCUCUCUUUCUUCUCUCUCCGCCCGUCUCUUCUGCCUCUUUUAGGACUAACUGGUGUUGCCUGUGUGCAAACCUUUUAUCUCGAAACACUCCCUAGGACUCUGGGGAUCAGAUCCUGCAGCACUGUAAGGAGGGGUGCAGUAGAGCAGUGAAGCAUAAGUGUUGGAGAUGUGGAUCUGAGUUGGUCUCUCGUCCUGUUUUAUUAGUCGUAUGUAAGAGAACUAGAUCCAACACUUGAGCUUGUAGGUAGUCUAGAGUGUGUAGUGGGAUAGCUGUGUGUAUCCGUGUGCUGAUAGCUAGCUGUCGUGUUAGUAUGUCUGCUACGUUCAUCUCUGCAGGCUCUCAUUCUGUCUUAUUGUCUUUAAAGCACUUUAUCCACAGACUUUCAUCUUAUACUGAUCUAUAAUGCGAUGUAAGAGACAAGAUUUUUAUGGCUUAUUGUUUAAGUGACGACUGCGCAGCUGUUUCUCAAUGCCUUAAUGUCACUGUGUAAAUACCACAUUACCCUCCACACAGACCAUUUACCAAAGAAACAAGUCAACUGGCAGAUAAACUGUACUGCUAGUUGAAGUGUGUGACCUGUAGGUCAGGGUACACGUUCAUGGUUCUGUCAAACACUUAAAAUGACAACGAAUAUCAAAUUUAGUUGACGUCUGGGGGAAGGUUUUUUUAAAAAGGACAGCACAAAAAUGAAUUGCUUUAGUUUAUUUGAGUUCACUUUUCCCCAAAGCACUUUGAAAUUUAACAUGAGAAACUCGUCCUUAUUGAGAUCAUCAGAACACUAUAAAAUGAUCAAGUGCCCCAAACUACUUGAUGCCUUAAAUGAAUACGUCAUUUGACAUAAAGCCAUUUAUUAACGAGAGCACAGACACAUUUCCAUCCAAGUCUUACCACUUUAUCAAACACUGAAGGUUUUGGUUUUAUUCUGUCAACCAAAAAAAAACACAAAAUGAAAUGAAACAAAUAGCAUAUGACAAA